AUGUCGUCGUCGAUGAGGAUCCCCGGCGGCCGAUCGGCAACGGCGGCGGCGGCGGCGGCGGCGGCAGGGUACGAGAACGACAAGGCCGUGGGCAGCUCCUCCGGCAGCUCCUAUUCGAGCUCGCCAUCGCCGUCGUCCCCCUCGACGAGCCCAAACGCCACGACGCUGCAUUGUCGGCGUCCCAGCCUGCUGAGCUCGGCCAUCUCGAAGCAGCAAUGCACCGUCAUCAACGUCGGCGACCCCGACGGCCCUCCCCGGCUGAUAUCCUAUCUCUCCUCGAGCCAGGGCUUCGUCUGGAAUCCAGAGAUCUUCCUGCCGUCGUACGUCGAUUGCGAAUACGAACCGCUCGAGAACCAGUGCGAGCCGGUGCAUGAAAUCGUCCUCAGCGACGACGAGCUGAAGGACAUGCUUCCGCAAUGA